ACCGUUUGUCUUCAAAUCAGCGAUAGAGAACAACUUUGAAUCACUAGCGAUCAGCUUAUCUCUGAUUUGUUUAUGAACGUUCACAUCAGCAGAAAAUACCCAAAGUGAUGCAAACUCAUGUUUCAAUGAUUGAAACAAUCGACAGCGUUCGGUUUGUAUGUCAUCCCCUAAACCAGUGGUUCCCAAACUUAUUUUGUCUACCGCCCACUUUGAGAAUAAAUAUUUUUUUAGCGCCCCCCUUUUUUCACCUAUUUAAAAACCACUAUAACUUCAAAUUAAUUGCUGUGACCUAUAUAUGUAUGUUAACGGAGAAUUCUAAACGAAACUUUUACUAUAACCAGCAACUUGAAACCUGAGCGCAGUAGGUAACAUACAACGGCGCUUAGGUCUCAAGUUAACUCUUACAGGCUCCACCUGCCAAUAAGAAUGAUUAUUGAAACACAACUUUAUAGUAUUAAAACAGAGAAUCUUUUAUUAAAGUUAAAACUAAAAUAAUCGAUUCAUAUAUAAAAACUAAUGUGAAGGAUGAAUCUGAUGCUGUUUAAUAAGUUAGUUAAUAUCAGGUUCCAAUUUACUCAAGAACAGUCGCAAGUCGCCACGUUCGGUAACAAGCAAACGAUUUCUAUUUUUAGUAAGCUAGUAGAUAGUAGUUUUAGUAAGUAGUAAAUCCACGUUCACACAAAUAUGACGAUGGGAAUGCUAUCAAGAAUCGUUGAACGAUUGACCACAAUCCAGGGUACAAUUGCGAGAUCGGUUUUUGUAGCCAAAAUUCUUGGUAACCAUUGGUUGGUAACCAGGUUGUAGAAUCGAGUCAGACAAUUGCCUCUUGAUAGCCAACGAACUUCAGUAUGAAACAACAAAUGAUUGAAAUCCUCGUCAUUAGUAACACAAAGCUGAUGAAAUAAUCUAUCAUUCAAAGAGCUGUUGUGGAUUUUAUUGACUGCUUUGAUGACAUAUUGCAGUGAUUGAAAUAGUUUUUCACUUAAGUUUCUAGCAACUAAAUGUUGUCUAUAAAUAACGCAAUGUACACCAAGUACAUCUGUAAUUUUAUUUUUUAAGUGAGCUAUUAAGCCUUUCUGACACCCUAUCAUAGCCGGAGCGCCAUCCGUAGCAAUUGAAAUAAUAUUUUCAAAGGAAUCUCUUUCUCAUCGCAAAACUUUUCCAAUAUAUUGAAUAUGGUUUCGCCUUUUGUAUCGGUUUCUAAAUUUCUAGCAAGUAAUAGUUCUUCACAUAUUUUCUCAUCUUUAAUAAACCUCACGUAAGACAACAACAAUGCUUCAUUAGUUGGUAAAGUGGACUCAUCGAGCUGAAUUGAGAAAAUGAGAAUUGUCCUCAGGUGAUCGCACAAUGAUUCUUCAAUGUUUUCAGCCAUUUCAUCAAUUCGUCUUUGCACAGAAUUAUUACUCAAAUGAAUUUUUCGGAUAAUAUCUGCGGCCGGUUUAUGAAGCACGGUAGUUAUUACUUCAUUUAUUGCUGGCAAUAUUAACUCUUCUCCGAUGUUAUGUGGUUUGCCUUUUUGAGCAAUUAACAAAGAGAUAUUGUACGAAGCUCGAAGUCCGUCGUCAUCUUGCUUAGCAGCCGCCGAAAAUAGUUUUGCUACACUUGGCUGAGUAUUAUGCUUCUUCUCUAGGUCUUGAAAAUAUGCUACAUUCUUGUCUCUCUUAUCUGGAUGCAUUUUAUUCAAAUGAUCUUGCAGUCUUGAAGGCUUCAUUGCUUCAUUCGAAAAUGUUUUUAGACAUAGAAGACACAAAGGCGAGGAUGGGUUUGUGGGAUUUUCAAUGAAUCCGAAUUUAAUGUAUUCCGCACAGUAUUGCCGUCUCUUCUUUUUUACUUCCGACAUUGUUUUGCUUUCAGAAAUACGUUUAACUUCGCGAGUAGUAUAAAGGAGGCGUAAGUAAUGCUCAUCUAUUGCGCGCAAAAUCACAAAUGAAUAUAAAAUAAAUAUUACAUUGUUUAUAUAGGAAUGCUUAAGCACAAUUAUUAUAUAGUAGUCCAAAAAUAUGAAUUCUUAUUUUUCCUAGAAAAACAUUUGUAAAAAAGGGAUCUUUCUCCUUUUCGUAUUAUCUUAUUUUUCCCACAAAUACAUUUGUAAAAAAUAGGAUAUUUAUCCUUUUUUUAUUUUUCCCAGAAAUACAUUUGUAAAAAAAGGAUCUUUCCCCUUUUCUUAUUUUCUCCAGAAAUACAUUUGUAAGAAAGGAUAAAGAUCCUUUUUUUAUUUUCCACAUAAAAGAUUUAAGGAGUUCAAAAGCUCAAAACGUGCGCUACAUCAGCUACCUACCCGACGUCAUUUCGCAAGUGAUAAAAUAAAUUUUUCAAGAGCUCAAAGCAUGCGCUACAUCAGCUCGAACCUACCUACCCUACACUUUUGCGCAAAUUAUUAUAUGUAUUAUGAUAGCAAAUGCCCACAUACAGAUUUGGCAAUGGCAAUAGCAAUACGUUUGACAGUUAGUAUUCUAUAAAUUCUAUCCUGUCGAGAUGCCCCGUUAUGAAACGGAGCGACCGAUUGACAUGAUUUUCAUUUUUUCUAUAUUCAAUAAAAUAGGACAGAUAUAUGAACUACGCGGAGAGAAAUAUAGAACCGAGUUUGAGCUUAAAAGACUGCUCAUAUUAGUUGAUGUUCACAACUUCUAAUGAAAUAAUGUUUUGCCGCAAGAUUGGUAGUCCUGUCAAAUGCCUUUUACUAAUAAACAGAAACAACUGGCGGAUGUUUACAACUAAUAAAAAACAUUGACAUCGCAUGUUGAUCGUAUUUGCCUUUUUGUUCUUUCUAUUGACAUAUUUUAAAAUUGUGUGUAUUUUUCUCUGAUUUCAACGUGAUUAACAUUCUGCGUACAACACAAAUCAAGUGAGUAUUGUUGUUGUUUCGUAUGUGAUGCCAUGCGGUUCGAUUGUCGCUUGAAAAUGCGCGGUGUGUGUAAAAAAAAGUGUUUCAACAUUGUGUGUUUUUUCCAGAUUUAAUUCCAUCGAUUUGUUACAUUUAUUCGAACCGAUUUUGUGUUUUUCUGCUGACCGUGCAACACACACAAAGCACGUGAGUAUUGUUAUUGUUUCGUUAGUGCUUCCAUGCGGUUUGCAAAUACACUGUUGGUGGGUCUUAUUGCAUAUGCGUGUGUAGUUUAAGAUGUAGUUUUAGGUUAAUUUUUACAUUUUUAUUUAUGUACUUCAAAUAUGCAUACUCUAGAAAAUGCCUCGACUACGCCAACGUAAUACGGUUGGCAGGCAUACGAGUGAUUCACGUCGAAUGUCAAUAUUAAGAAGAAAUCAAAACGAAGAGCAGCGCGCUGAAGUGAAUGCCCGAGGUAGAGCGGUGUACAGAGAGCGGCGUGCACAGAUUAGAGCUGAAUUCGCCGACAAUCAACGGCCAAAUUACCGUCAAGGCCGAGUUCCGGUCCGCCUUCGCGAUCAAAUGGAACAUGUUGGCUUUCACUACGAUCCUGACUGCGACUACAGCCUGCAUGGUGCCAUUGGAGCAAUGGAUAUUAUUUGUACGCAUUGCAAUGCAGCGAAAUUUCGAGGAGAAACAGCUGGCAUGUGCUGCUCCAGUGGCAAAGUGAAACUGCCUGCAUUGGAACCGCCACCAGAACCAUUACAUUCCUUGCUCACUGGAGAAUCGCCGACGUCUAAGCAUUUCUUGCAGAACAUACAAGCGUACAAUUCAUGCUUUCAAAUGACUUCUUUUGGUGCCACAAAGAUCAUUAGAGAUCCAUUUAUGCCGACGUUCAAGAUUCAGGGACAAAUAUACCAUCGAGCAGGCUCGCUCAUACCAUUUGCCGAUGCCGACUAUCAAUUUUUGCAAAUAUAUUUCAUCGUUAAUGAAACUGACCAACUAAAUCAACGAUGUGAAAUUGCGACCGGCACAAGGCGAGAAAUCGUACUAAAUUUGCAAAGAUUUCUCCAUGAGCACAAUGAAUUGAUUCGAUUGUUCAAAAUCGCAUUGGACCGCAUGCCGUCUGAUAACCAUCGAAUCGUCAUCAGAGCAGACAAAAUGCCGAUGGGGCAGCAUGCCAGACGAUUCAACGCACCAACAAUCGAUGAGGUGGCAAUCGUCAUUGUUGGCGAACAGUUUGAAUCGCGAGAUAUUGUACUGCACCGUAGAAACGAACAACUUCAGCGUGUUUCCGAGCUACACCGUUGUUAUGAUGCAUUACAAUAUCCGAUAUUAUUCUGGAGAGGUGAUGACGGCUAUCACAUCAAUAUGCGAUUGAUAAAUCCAACUACUGGCCAAGAAACACCGAAAAAACUGAGUGCGAUGAACUUCUAUUCGUACAGAAUAAUGAUUCGUCCGCAAGAAGAUAACUACAUCCUGAAAUGUCGCAAGCUUUUCCAUCAGUAUUUGGUUGACAUGUAUGCGAAAAUCGAGACCGAACGUGUCAACUUUAUUCGAUUCAACCAAGCGAAAUUGCGUUCUGAAGAGUACAUCCAUUUGAGAGACGCCGUAAUGAAUGAUGCAAAUGUGAAUAGCAUUGGACGUCUGACAAUAUUGCCAGCCACAUACAUCGGCAGUCCGCGCCAUAUGCACGAGUAUGAGCAAGAUGCGAUGUCGUAUGUGCGCCAUUACGGCAGACCGGAUCUGUUCAUAACGUUCACGUGCAAUCCCAAGUGGAAUGACAUCAAAUACCAUUUGUUCCCCGGUCAAUCAACAACUGAUCGUCACGACUUGACAGCACGUGUAUUCAGCGAAAAGCAAAAAGCAAUGAUGGAUUUAAUUGUGAAACUUCGUGUUUUUGGAGAAGUUCGAUGCUGGAUGUACUCGAUCGAAAGGCAGAAAAGAGGAUUACCGCAUGCACACAUCUUGAUUUGGUUAGUUCGCAAAAUACGACCAGAUCAGAUUGACAAAGUCAUCUCAGCGGAAAUUCCAGCUGAAGCAAUCGACCCACAAUUGUUCGACGUUGUAACAAAAAACAUGAUCCACAGCCCUUGCGGCGCUAUUAAUCCAACGUCACCAUGCAUGAUUGACAAUAAGUGUUCAAAGCGCUAUCCUAGAGCUUUAGUUGAUGAUACAAUCACUGGAAAUGACGUAUAUCCAUUAUAUCGGCGUCGAUCCGCUGAAGAUGGUGGUAAUUCAACGGUCAUAAAAGUUCGGGAUCAAGACGUUGAUGUUGAUAAUCGUUGGGUCGUGCCGUAUUCACCAUUGUUGUCAAAAAUUUUCGAAGCGCACAUAAAUGUAGAAUAUUGCAACUCUGUCAAAUCGAUUAAAUACAUCUGCAAAUACGUAAAUAAGGGCAGUGAUAUGGCAGUUUUUGGAGUAGCUGAUUAUCAGACAAUCGAUGAAAUUCAGCAAUACCAAAUGGGCCGUUAUAUAAGCAGCAACGAAGCGGUAUGGCGCAUUUUAUCGUUUCCAAUACACGACCGGCAUCCCGUUGUUCUUCAUUUGGCAGUUCAUCUCGAAAAUGGUCAACGCGUUUAUUUCACUGCAGACAAUGUACAACAGAGCGCAGCACGACCACCGCGGACAACACUAACUACCUUUUUCGAGUUGUGUGAAACCGAUGAAUUUGCAAGAACAUUGCUAUAUUCCGAAAUACCACAAUAUUUCACUUGGAAUCCAUCAUCGAAAACAUUUCAACGACGAAAGCAAGGGGAGCGUGUUGACGGUUAUCCAAAUGUCCGUAAAACCGAUGCCAUAGGACGCAUUUACACCGUCCAUCCGAACAACGCCGAAUGUUUCUAUUUGCGUCUGCUAUUAGUCAACGUGCGCGGACCAAGAUCAUUUGAUGAUUUGAAAACUGUUGACGGUCAGUUGUGUGCGACGUAUCGUGAAGCAUGUCAGCGAUUGCAUUUGUUAGAAGAUGAUAUGCAUUGGGACACCGCACUUCAUGACGCAUCACUCACAUCUCAUCCAAAACAAAUACGCGUAUUAUUCGCAAUAAUAAUAUCUACAUGCCUUCCGUCAAAUCCGCAAGAACUGUGGAAUAAGUACAAAGACUGCAUGACCGAGGACUUAUUAGUUUUGGCGCGUAAUCGAGCAUCGGACGCAGACUUGCUAUAUACAUUACAAAUGUAUAAUGAUGCUUUGAUAUUGGUUGAAGAUCUGUGCCUUACAAUUGCGAAUAAGGCAUUAGCGCAACUUGGCAUAACUGCGCCCAAUCGUUCAGUGAUUGAUAUGCUUGACCAUGAGCUUCAACGUGAACAACAAUACGAUUGCAAUGAAUUGCGUGCUUUCAUACAAGCUAACAUUACCAAAUUAAAUAUUCAGCAGAAAAAUGCUUAUGAUAAGAUUAUACAAGCGGUUGACAAUAACGCCGGUGGAUUUUUCUUUCUGGAUGCGCCCGGUGGUACAACGUCCGGUGUGUUUUACGUGGGUACCUGUUGUCGACAACCUUACUCCACGGCGCUCAAAAGCACAGCGGAUCAAAUCAAUGCGUUGAUCAGCGCCCUGAGAAUGCUAAGCAUUUUCAGUACCAAUUGGCAGUGUGGAAUGGGCGCCCGGUGGUACAGGGAAAACGUUUUUGAUCUCUUUGAUUCUUGCUACUAUACGGUCACAGCAGAAAAUUGCGCUGGCAAUUGCUUCGUCAAGCAUCGCUGCUACUCUACUUGAUGGCGGCCGAACAGCACAUUCUGCGUUGAAAUUACCGUUGAACAUCCAAGUCGUUGAAACACCAACAUGCAACAUAUCGAGGAAUUCAGCAAUGGCAAAAGUUUUGCAAGGAGCUGGAAUAGUUCUAUGGGACGAGUGCCCAAUGGCUAACAAAAAGUCAUUAGAAGCAUUCAAUAGAACAAUGCAAGAUUUACGCCAAAACCAACAACUUUUUGGCGGAGCAUUAGUCUUAUUAUCCGGCGAUUUUCGGCAAACUUUGCCAGUCAUUCCUCGAUCAACUCCUGCCGACGAAAUAAACGCAUGUUUAAAGUCGUCAGUUUUGUGGAGACAUGUUCAAAGGCUGACUCUUACCAUCAACAUGCGAGUCCAAUUGCAAAAUGAUCGAUCCGCAGCGGCGUUUUCGAAGCAGUUGUUGGACAUUGGCGAAGGCAAAAUACCAAUCGAUGAUACCGGUUUGAUCACAUUGCCGAACAACUUUUGUACACUUUUACAAUCGAAAGAAGAAUUGAUUGAAAGUGUAUUUCCGAAUAUUGUUGAAUGCUAUCAACGCCACGAUUAUUUAAGUGAACGCGCAAUAUUGGCACCGAAAAAUGUACACGUCAACGAAAUCAAUUUUGCCAUUCAAGAAAAACUGCCAGGAGAAGCUACACAUAUACAUCGAUUGAUAGCGUUUUGAAUCAAGAUGAAGUAGUCAAUUAUCCAAAUGAGUUCUUGAAUUCUUUGGAUCCCCCCGGUCUGCCACCGCAUCGUUUGGUCCUGAAAGUCGGUUCACCCAUUAUACUUCUACGAAAUCUGAAUCCACCGACUUUGUGUAAUGGCACAAAGCUUUCAGUCAAAAAAUUGUGGCCAAAUUUGAUUGAAGCAACAAUACUAAAUGGCAAGGCAGCAGGUGAUGUCGUACUCUUACCACGCAUUCCCAUGAUUCCAACGGACUUGCCGUUUGAAUUUAAGCGCUUGCAGUUCCCGGUACGUCUUGCCUUUGCGAUGACCAUCAACAAAUCGCAAGGGCAAACGUUUCAAGUGUGCGGCGUCAAUUUGGAAGAACCAUGCUUCUCCCACGGCCAAUUGUUCGUCGCAUGCUCGAGAGUGGGAACACCAAGGUGCUUAUUCAUUUACGCGCCAGGUGGAAAAACCAAGAAUGUUGUAUAUCAAUAUGUUUUAUAAAUAAGUAACAGUUUUACAACAAUAAAUAAAACACAGAGUAAAAAGCCUUAAGAGUUUUAAUCGAUUUAGGUGUAGCGAGGCACACAGGGUAACAGCUAGUUCCAUAUACAUAUGUACGUACUUGAUGGAAUUUUCAUUAUUUACACGUUGAAAAUUUGUAACAUGCGCACAUUUUCAAAUCGGAUACAUUUUUUCCCACACAUGAUUCAAAUCAGUCCAGCAGAAAAUUGUUGUUGUUCGCUGUACUUAUAGAUUAACCCAAAUAUUUACUCGUGGAUUUACUUAUAGUUUACCCAAAGUUUCACAUCAAUUCAAACAAUCCUCGCACCGCUAUAAACUGUCAUGAUACGAUUGGAACCGAAACCAGCCAUACCGUUUACUCGAUCGUGAUUGCCGAAGAACAGAUUGUUUGUGUUGCAUCAGAUCAGUUGACGCUGGCGGCUACUCGAAUUGAUUAACAAUGUUGUCUAUGCUGAACUGAAUUGAUUUGAUUGUGUUUCUGGCACGACUGUUUGUUGGCGAGAGAAAAGUUCUACGAAUGAUUUAUGGUCCUCUGUGCGUUGGCCACGGCGAAUAUCCCAUUCGAUGGAACGAUGAACUGUAUGAGAUAUACGACGACAUUAAUAUAGUUCAGCGAAUUAAAUGGCAGCGGUUACGCCGGCUAGGUCAUGUCGUUCGAAUGGACAAAAACACUCCAGCUAUGAAAGUAUUCGACGCAGUACCCGCCGGGAGAAGCAGAGGGAGAGGAAAACCUCCACUCCGUUGGAAAAACCAGGUGGAGAAGGACCUGGCUUCGCUUGGAAUCUCCAAUUGGCACCACCUUGCAAUAAGAAGAAACGACUGGCCUAUAACGUCGUAAGCCUGUAAAGAAGAAAUAGCAUUUAGGAAUGCAAAUACAAUAAUGGCAAUGCAAACGCUUUUUGUUUUCAGCGACAAUCCGCUGUUGAACUAUUGAGUUUUUCUUCAACUGAUUUCAGUGCUACCACUACAUCAACGAACGGAUCAUUAACAUUUCUUUGUUUACAAAUAUUGUGUAAAGCACAGCAUACAUUAAUAAUCAUUGUUGCUUUACCACCCAUAGAGUAGAUAAGUAGAAUCACUUAAAAAUAUUUUCGUUUUAGUAUUUAUGUAUGUAUGUAAGUAGUAGUACCAGUACUAUAGAACAAAGUAGAACCCUCUGCUACAUACAAAAAAUAAUUUUUACUUAUUGUGUAUACAAAUUUAAUAAUAAAGUGAACUCGAAUUCACCGCUACGAGAAGAAAGUGAAAUGUAAAACAAAACUUACCAACGUUACUUAUAUAAACUCAAUAAUGUACGCAGAGUGCUUGUUCAAUUAUCAAAAUUUAAUAAUCCUAUGAGUGACAGUGAACUAGAGGAUCUAGUGUCCGGUUUGUCAGGUUUACCCAUAAAAACUAAUCAUUUAAAGCCAGAUGAUUACGAAAAUUGGUGAUCCAAUCAAAGCCAAGCAAACAAAACAUCGUUCAGAGAGUUGUAAAUUAGGGCUCUUAUCGAGUUUGCAGUUAACACUGCAAAUCAGUUUCAAAGUUUUGAGCAAAAGCUAAAAAAUAUACAGAGAGAGUAAAUUUCAAAAAACAUAUGUAACAGUACCCAAGGUACAAUUGUAAAGAUAUGCCGAAAUAAUACCAACAAUGUUCAAACGAAGCUUUAGAUAUAGUAAAGUCAGUACCCGACUUUAAACGGAAGCACGAAAUAUACGUCUCAUGACGUAACGCUCCUCACACAGCCUAUAAAGUUUUUGAAAAGUACGAGGGAAGUUCGAAACAUUAUCAAGUGUUAGGCAUUCUCAAAUUAAGCGUAAGCUGACGCUUCUCAUUAAUAUAAUUAUAAUGACACACAAGAGCACCUUGGCUGCUCUUAACAAAAAAAUCAGAACAGAUGUACUAAGAGUAAUUAUUCCAGAUACAAAUAAACCCUUAAAUGACAUUAUUUUUGCGGCACAUUCAAAUGAACUGCCAUCAGCGUUCACCAUAGCUCAAUAAAUUGAGUUUAAACAUGAACACUUUCAAUUCACCAAUAAUUUUGUAAAAAGUUUGAAGGAAAGAGCUCAUAGGGUUGAACGACGGCUGUAAAAGAGUUUAGACUCGGACAAUACAAAUCUACACCUGGGUAGAAAUUCAUUUUUUAACAGACAUAAGACAGAUGUCAUUCCCUAAGCGGGAGCCAUCUCAACGAAUGGACAUUGACAGUUCAGCCCGAUUCAGACAAUCUAUCCAGUAACCAAAUAGAAGUUUCUCUCCUUAGGCACCACCUUCGAAUCAGACCAUCAAAAUGCCAAAUACUGGCACUACAAAGUAUACGGGACUGAAACAACAAAGGAUAAAUCAUAUUUCACAAAAUAAAAGUGAUUCUACUCUGGUUAGGUUAGAGGACUGAUCGAAGACCGCAUGUAGAAUGCUAUAUGUGGUCCUUUGUUAAGCCAUAGGAAAGAAGAAUUCCUGUGUUCAAACUUAUAAAUUAGCAAAACGCUUACCUUUACUUUCCACUCCCGCCAGUUGGGUGGGGUGUCUGAAGGUAUGCGCUCCCAAGUAUUCAACUCUUGACCUUUCCAUAAAGCUUCUGCUGAUGGCGUCUGGUAAGAUUCCUAAUCUUACAGUAUUGACGCCAAUUGGGCAAUGAUCUGUUAAAAACCCUACAACUAGGGAGAGGCUAAACUUACUCAGGGCAAAGAGAUCAAUAUAUUUUUCCUGCAAUCGAUCUUGGGUCAAAAGGCUUUUGCCACAGCGCAUUUAUCGAUGGUGGCCCAACUCUGGCCUAGCUUCCGCGAAGCCCAGCUAUCUAGCAGUAGAACUUCUGACAGUAACCCUUCCACAAAUCUUUCCCCAAAGCCUUGGCCCAUCCGUAAAUAAGCUCAGUGCUCCUCUCCCUAUCUUCCAACGAUGUCACGGGCACUAUGUGCAAGAUGGCGUUAAGUGCCAUGGUUGGAAGACACUUUUGGUGAAAGACCCCAACUUUCGCCAAUGUCUCCUAUAUAGCAGUAUAAGGCAAUCAAUAUCUUGUUUUGCUCUUUUUUAGAUAUUUGACUUCCAUGAAAGCUUCUUAUCCAGGAUAGGACUUAGAUAUUGCACUGUAUCUACCUGUUGUAGACGGAUGUCUCCCAUUUGCGGCAGCGAUACCACUGAAUUCUUAUUUCGGUCACUGAAUUCUUAUUUCGGCUUUACUUGGGUUAAUGGCGAGACAACUUCUGACCGCCCAAUUUGUUACGACGCUGAGAUACCCACCCCUGCAUCAUUUCAUACACGGUGGUCAGGAACCUUCCUUUGAUCAUAAGUGCUACAUCGUCCGGCAGCCACGCUUCUCAAGUUUUUAAGUAGGUUGUUAACGACCAGAAUCCAUAGAAGAGGAGAGAAAACUCCACCUUGUGAAGUUCUGCUACCCACAUUCCCUCAAACGCGUGCGUUGCCCCUUUCCGUUUUAAUCACUCUGCCGCACAGAAGACUGAUAAUGAGGUGUUUGAGUUUUUAUUCACUCCCAAGACCGUCCAGAGCAGUAAAGACUCCUUUUGGCAGCACGUUAUUAAAAGCUCCAUUAAUAUGAAGGAAGGUCCCAGCAGCGAAAUCCUUAACCCUACAACCCUUUAAUAAGCAUGUUGCGCUCCUUAUGUACCAGUUCAUCAGUCUCUUCAGAUUUUUUUUUUGUAGAAAAGAGAGGCUUAUAGACCUAAAGUCCUUGGCCGUAACCUGGGAACCCCUACUAACCUCCGGGAUGAACGUAACUCUGACUCCUUUCCAGGCCCCUGGGAUGUAAGCCAGUCUAAUGCAGUUCACAUAAACAGCUACAUGACACCUAAGAUGCAUUAUGCCAUGCGGUCCCGGGGACUUGAAUGGUUUGAACGAAUCGAUCGCCCAGCUCAAGUGUCGUUCAUCCAAAAGGUCAACAAAGGCCGCACAAUCAUCCUGCAGCACUUCGAAAAAUAUCCCUCCCGAGGACGUAUUGGUCGGGAAGUGAGCAUCAAGGAGUAUAUGAAGUUUAUCUUUACUACUUAAAGUCCACUUCCCAUUUGCGUCUUUAAGAUAUCCCGAGGAAACAGGAUUCUUUGCGAGAAUACGCCUGAACCCAAAGAACUUUAGACAGCCCUCCACUUUUUCGCAGAAGGUUUUCCAUGAGGUCCUGUUUGCCUUUUUUAACUCGGUUAACUAUUGCAAGUCCAGUCGUCGGUUGAACCACUCCUACGGGCCUUAUUGAAUAAACGUCUGCAAAAUGCUCUGAUUUCCGAGAGUUCUAUAGUACACCAGAGUGGUUUCCCUCUGACCUUCGGUUUUUUCUGUGGACAGGAACUCUCCAGUGCAGUUUUACACGCCGAACUGAAGACUUCGACCCAUCCGUCUACCGUUCUGACCAACAAGUCUAUCCCUACCCAGUUUGUAUUCCUAGGAUUUCUAAAAGACUUUCUAUGCGGACAUUCACCGACUAGACUGAACUCAAUAUGACGCCGGAUCUGACGCCUUCGGAGAAGGUCUUCCUCAACAAUAGGGGAGGUAGUUCCACAUCAUCGUCGUACGGCAUUACGAAAUUAACGAGAAAUAUCCGUCGUCGUACUCCACUUUUGCUUUAUUUUGUAAAUUGGCAGAAGCCGCCUUCGCAUAUUGAAAGCUAAUCUGAAAGAAUCUCAUCCUUCUGACUCUCCUACAGAAGCGCUAGUUCAAUACCCAUGUCGUGCUCGACCUACACUUCGUCUAACAGCUGUUCGAGGCUAAGGACGGAUUCGCCUAUUGAGGAACCGCCCCCAGAACUCGCUAUGUCCGAGAGACUUGCGUCCUUCUCCAUGGUCAUUUGGCCAUCAUCGCCUGUCGUACCCAUCGCAUCUGCACCUUGAGAGCCAUUAGCUUUGGCAUCCUUGGGAACUCUACGAAUGGUAGGCACCUUGUCGUGAUGCAGGGGCUUCACUGCAAUGCACUCAUGUCUCCAACCUUCAUGAGUGGUGCGCCAUGGCAUCUCUCUUGAGGGUUGUCAUAAGCUGCAUGUGUGCGGCGAACAAGAGCUACCACCUCCUACUCCGAGGUAUUAUUCGACUCACAUGCCCAUUGGAUGAUUUGCAGCCAGGAGAUUAAUUCGGCUGUUUUCGAACGGAGCCUUCUUAACACCGGGCCGCAUUGUGAAGUAAGGGCGGUCUUACCGCGCCGUGGGGCUCAUGCGUGACGGAUCUCCCUUUCCUUAUAAAAAUGUAGACCCGACAGCUCACCGUGUUGAACCACGGGUCGUUAGACAAGGAUGAAAAACAAAAACAGCCAACAAAAGAUAACGAUAAACUCAAAUAAGGCAACGGAUCCGCGAAACGACCCUCUCCCACCAAAACGAGAACCCACCGGACACGAUGACCCUCAUAGGAAGGGAAAAAGUGGUGUCAGCUUGAAGUGGGCCCUGCGAUACCUCUGGCAGAGGAAGACUCUUUAGGUGACGGAGGUACUGGCGAGGAACAGGACCAGGGGAAAUAAUGUCUACCUUGCGAAGGAGCGUAGAGGCAAAACCGCGUACGAACGCAACUCCGACCGGCAGAGAACACCUUCAACUACCCAGUCAUAAACCGCGAAACGGAAGAGUGGGAAAAUCCUGUGAAAGGAGCCCCCCAGUUCUAAAAGGCUGAAGGCCAAUAACAUGAAGGCAGCUGGAGGCCAACCCUCCGCACCAAAUCCCUCCCAGGUGGAAGAGAGACGUCGCAGAUAUUCGGAUUCUCCAAAAGGCAUCCAAAUGGCUGUGAUGCCUCUCAAUUACCCGGGGGAAACCCCUCAUUGGACUGGUUCCUCAUUGAGCCGAUCCUGUAGUGACCGUCAACAUGGAAGUUGCCCAGGUGAACUCGCACCACGCGGCGGCAGCCUCGGCUGUCAUAGCGAGUAAUCCGGAUAAUCGGGACAUCCUGCUGAUCCAAGGGCCAUAGGUCUACAAAGAGGAGGUUAUAAGCUUCAAUUCGGAUGCCAACAAGGUAAUCUGGGAUCUGUAAAGCGAGAGCUAGAACAUGUGUAGCUGUCAGGAACAACAUUGACUUCUUUUGUAUUUCAGAGUUCCUGACACAGGAUCUAGUAGCAGUGCAAGCCAGGGACAGCGAAGGAGCAGACUUCGUCCUGGCUUCAAGUUAUUUUUCGCGAGAGGCAUCCGCACAACUUCCAGAGACUGUGGAUAGACUGGUGAGUCACUGCAAGCGACACCAGCUGCCCCUGAUCUUAGGAUGUGAUGCGAACGCCCACCAAACUGAAUGAGACAAUACGAAGUGCAACACUUGAGGUGAGUCUCUUUUAGAAUACAUAAUUAUUAGUAACUUAGCCAUAGAAGAUAUGGGUGGUGAACCCACCUUCGUCACAAUAUGGAUGUCAACGGAGCCCUCUUUUUCGGAUCAUAGAAUUAUAAACGCAAACUGGGAUACCUUUUGGAAUACGCAGUGGCCAGAGUCAAAACUGACACAGUAUUAGCAUGAGAUGGGAUGUAUACGACCUACGUGGAAGAAAGAGCUACGGAUUUUCCGCGGGCGCACUUCCCGUAAAAAAAUCGGGAAGAUCAUUGUCUACCCGUAGUCAAACACAAGCCAUCUAGCUCUUAUUGGGUAAUCGAUCAAAUGGGCUAUGGCUUUGUUCGAAAAAUUCAAUUCUCUGGGAGAGGACGGCAUCUUUUCAGCACUCUAACAACAGGAAGAGCAGGUUCAACUGUCAUACCUUGUUCGGCUGAUGAGGGCUAGGCCCGCACUGGCGUACAUCCCUGAAAUACGGAGGGUCGCGAAGGGGAUUUUCAUACCUAAAGUAGGAAGAAAGAACUAUUCACUGGCAAAAUCUUUCAGGCCAAUUUGUCCAACUUUCUUCUGGAAGACUCUGAAAACUGCAUGCCUGCAUGUGAAUCAGCAUGCUUACAGAGCAGGCAGAUUAAGCAAUACUGCUCUGUAUCAGCUAACCUUGGAUAUAGAGAAUUCGCAGGAAGGAGAAGAAAUGAUGUUCUACGCUUUCCUAGACAUCAAAGGUGCUCUUGACAACAUGUCUUACAAGAGCGUAGCCAAGGCACUGGUGAAAAGGAAUGUAGUAGCGCCGGUGCGCAGAUGAAAAGAGGCCAUACUGCGCACCAGAAUAGCUGAAGCCACAGUCGGAGAUACAAGGAUUCGUUUUGGUACAACAAAGAGCUGCCCACAGAAGGGAGUGCUAUCCUAACGCCAUGGAGACUUGUCGUGGACGAGCGUCUAGUAUUGCUAACUGACAAUAAGAUCCUCUGCUAAGGGUACGUGGACGACAUUGUAAUUAUAGAGAUAGAUAUGACCAACAUAAUCAGAUAUCUUAGUCUCACGCUGGAUUCCACUCUGCGGUGGAAGCAGCAUGUUCACCUGACUUUUGUCAAGGCAACAAAAGAAGUGAUGGUGUGCCAUCGGCUGGCGAGAAAAUCAUGGCGCUGCAGGCCUGGGAUUGUUAGGGGGUUGUUCACCCCUUCGCAGACUUUGGUAGAGCUCCAACUAUCGAAGCUGCAAUGACUUGCAAGUAACUGUAUGUCGGGUGCAAUGCGCACUUGUCCGAUGGUAGCACUUGAAGCUCUUCAAACCUAUGGAGGGAUUUCGAGCAUUUUUCAAGCAGAAGUUUUUGCCAUAAGUCGAUGCAUAGAGAUGAACCUCCAACGCAACUUUCGCAAUGAGCGCAGCCUUACUUAGCGAUAGUCAAGCGGCACUAAAAGCAGGUAAUUAGAGGAGGGAGCCCCGUGUGUACUCGUUAUACAUAAUUAACAGUCAAACAAUUUAAAAAUAAAACUAUUAAAAUUUAUGAAACUUUAUGACAUUUUAUGAAACGUUCUCAAACCACUGCUUACUCGCUAUUUUAUGUUGUUCACUUGCUGACGGUUGCUUUCUGACUGUGCCCUUUUGUUGCUGCCACUUGCUUCAUUUUAUCUGACACUUGUUGGGAAACAGAGUUGCCAUCGGUUACAAUGACCCAAUGUGGCGCCCUCGCCCAUGGUGCUCUCAUCUUCGUCGUCUGGAUCAUUUGGUAGUAGCAUGCACCAAGUUUUAAAUUGAUCUGAUGCAAAUACGGCUUUGUAAUGACGGUGUGUUCGUUCGGCAUGAGGUAAGUCUUCAAUUACUUACCGAUCAUUUGCCAGGGCUUUGGUGAUAAUGAACGGUCCUCUGAAUCGUGGUUCUAAUUUACGUGAUGUACCGGAGCUGAUUAGUUCUUUUUUAGUCAAGACGAGAUCACCUUCGUUGUACGUCUUCGGUUGAUUAUGCUUUGCGCCGUAUACAUAGCUUCUUGGCUUGGGCUUUUACGUCGUUUAUUUGUUGAGCAGUGUCGACUCGUAGUUGCUGUAGGUCGGUGUCGUUGAUCAGGUCACCAUCAGCGUCUUGGAGUGCCUGGAUAAGUUGAUUCUGCAGGAUGUCUCGUGGCAUGUACCCAUAAAGUAGUCGGAAUGGUGUCCAACCGGUGGUUUUAUUCGGGAUGUUAUUAUGUAUGUCCAUUGUAUUUGGCGUAGUCUUUUGUCAUCAGUAGAAGGUAAUAGCAUGGAUAGGAUGACGCGGUUAGCUCGUUCAGCGUGUCCGUUAGCGCGUGGCGUACGCACUGCGUUGAGAAUAUGUUUGACGUUGUUUUCAUUGCAAAACUUUUGGAACGCUUUUGAAGUGAAGGCCUUUCCUCGUCGGAUAUGAUACGUUCAUGCAUUACCAAAUAGCUCGAGAUCGCGAGCAAUACCGGAAUUACAGAGUUUGUUUGCGGUACUCUUGACUGCUUGUAGAAUUGUGAAUUUGGUAAAUGAAUCUACAAUUACCAACACAUGCUCGUUGCGUUUUGAACUUUUUGGGAACGGACCCAAAUGAUCAAUGUGCAUUGUCGCAAACGGUCGUUGUAAUAUCGACCCUCACGUCGUCCGGCAGGGAUUUUAUUUAAUUCAAUUUAUUUAUUCACAACCCACACAUGAGUUGAUGUAGCUCUUUAAGUAAUUGCGCAUUCGAGGAAACCAGAAGAGAUUCAGAAUUCGUUUUACUGUUUUGUCAACGCUCAUAUGACCUGCCUUAUCGUGGUAUUCGUAGAGUGUUUGGAACCUUAAUUGCUUCGGAACAACCCACAGUAGUUUAUUAUCGUAUUUCCGAUAUAAGCGUCUCAGUUCAACAACGUAGUCGGGAUAUUCUGGUUUCAUUAACGAUGUUUCUUAUUUUUUCGUCGUGUAGUUGCACUCUAAACAACCAAUCUGCCUUGUCGGUAAUAAUCUUGGAAAUUUUGAGAUCAGCGGUAUCUACUUCGUGUGCCCCUUCAUAAGGUGCACGGCUCACCGCAUCGAGAUGGGCCAUACGAGCACCUAGUCGAUGUUGAAUUUCAAUGUCGAAUUCUUGGAUUCUCAACCACCAUCGGCCAAUGCGUGGUAUGAGCUCUCGUUUCGCCAUGGUUGUUCGUAGAGCGUUACAAUCAGUGAUAACUUUGAACUUCUUUCGCGUGCGUUUCAACUCAUAUAGGCCGUCCGUUGUAAUGAAAGCAGUGUACUUCCGAUUAUCGGGUGUCAUUUCGAUCUGAUAGUACCCACUAUUCAAAUCGAGUGACCAAAAUUAUCGAAACGGCUACAUGAACGUUCGGGACUGGAAAAUUUUCUUUCCAACGACAUACGUGCAACUCCUCUUAAUCGUGUAUAAAUAGCCAGCAAUUAAAAUUUCUCGUCCCAUCUAUAUGCUUCCACUACUCUAUCGACUCUGUCAAUAAAUUGCUCUACCGUAAUGCUUGCCUUAUUUGUUGGAUCAAAUUCCGGCAGGGUGUUUGCAAUUUCUUUUACUGACGCGUGUCGCAUAUUCCCAUUCGUGGAAAUAUUCCCGUUCGCAGAAAUAUUCCCGUUGCUUUGAAUGCGUGUUGUAACGUUGUUGUUAGUUGACACUGUGCUGUCGUCGUUCGUUGAAAUAGUGUCAGUGGCGUGACUUUGAACGCCUGCGCCGCCGUUGACUGCGACUGCGCUAUCGUUACUAGCUGCGAGUUUUGUACCGUUUGUCCCUCUUGCGUGCAGGCUGUACCAGUGCCGUUAUUUUGUGCUUUUAACUAGUAGCUGUACCAUCAUUUCGCGUAACUGCUUCAUCUCCUGCUGCAGUUGUGCCACCGUUGAUAUCUCAGAUGACUCCUCCGUAAUGUUGAUUUCUUGGAUGUCCACCUCGUCGGACUCCUCAUAUGCGCUAAGACGUUGCAACAACUGAUCUCGCGUGCCUGUCGUCGCUAAUUGACUUUCCCGUAGCAACCUCUUUAGUUGUUCCACCUUCAAAUCACUAAUUUUCGCCAUCGCACAUAGGAGCAUUUGGUCUCAAAAACCGGACAAACUUAUUUAAAGUGAUUUUAUGAAUGAAAAUUAAUAAAAAUGCAUGAUUAAUUAUAAUAAUGCAAUAUAUUAAAAUAAAACAAGUAAGGAAGACCUAAGUUCGGGUGCAACCGAAAAUUUUAUAUUGAAUAUAUUUGAGAAGGGGGUAGUGCAGACCAGAUUUUAUCUAUUUUUACUCAUCCCACAUACUACUAAUAUGCCACAUACUCAAAAAAAAGUUCCCUCGAUUUCAUUUAGGUACCUUACAUACAAUCAGCGAAUCAUUCUUCCCCAGAAGAAAGACGAUUUAAGGGCAUGCCCUUUGAAUGUCCGAUCCCCUAAUUGAAAAGAUAGCGUUGUCCAGCUGGUUGAUGUCCUCGUAAAACUAAAGGAUGACAUCACCGUUGUCCAAGAAGUGCGAUGAUCGGGACAAGGAGACGAGUAGGUACGUGUUAUAUUUCAUAGCCGAGUUCUGCCAUUCAUCGCGGUGGAUGAACUUCAAGCCAAAAUCCGCAUCAAAGUGAAGUUCUUCAAGAUAUCCCACGUCCCGAAUGAAGAAAAGGAUGAAGUGACCAAAGAUGUCUCAUAUAAGCGCUUGGAGCGCUAAGAGAGCUGGCGGUCUCUGGUGGAAAAGUCACCAAACAGAUCGAUCAUGUUGUGAUAGAAGGAAGACACUCCAGUAUUUUAGAUAUGCGUACGCGUACGCUCCGAGGUCGAAGCACAUGCCUCUGUGAAGCAAAAAUCACAACAGAUAGCCAAACGAUUUUCUACUGGACUUGCACUGCUGCUCUAUGAGAGCACUCGUCAGCAACUCGGUAGAAGGGAACUGUAGGACGGUAUUUAAAGUUUUUUACGUAAAGCUGCAAAUGAAACCUUUGGCUUUUAGAAAAUGACAGCUGAUACGAUGAGAAAUCAUCAUCUGCUAUAUGGUGCAGUGGCAUGGACGAUGACAACAUCUGUACCUGUCUGGAGAAGCAGAGGUAGAGGAAUAACUUCACUCCGUUGGAAAGACCAGGUGGUAAACGAUCUGGUUAGAUUUGCAAUCUCCAACUGGCGCUAUACAGCCAAAAGGAAGAAGGACUGGCGCACUGUUAUAAACUCGGCUACAACUGCAUAAGCGGUGACUACGCCAAUAAAGAGGAGAAGAACAUAUCAACUGGAUAAAAUCCAAUACUUCUUAAAAAGUUUUUUACUGUUAUCACGUUUCUUUUUUGCAGUACUCUUUUAGCAAAAAACGAUUUCUUCUAUAUCUUCUUUUGUUAAUAUUUUUCUAUAUUUCGAAGCAACAGGCUCUACGCGAAAUCAUUACUGCAAUAUUGCAGCAAAGUAUCAUCAGAGUAUCAGCUGAGCAUCAGCAACAGAAUAUCAAGUUAGUAACAGGGUUGCUUUAUUGCGGUAAUUAUUAAGCAACUCAAGCACGCCCAGCGUCAAAAAGUUCAGUGACAUGAACAAGCUUCGUAAGCAGAGGCACUUCUCAAGGAGGGGUCCUUUCCUCUCUUUUAUCGGCGUUGGCGCUGAAUGUAAUACUAGUUACUUAGACUCAAUGGAGAAGAAGUUAAAAUAGUAGCAUAUGCAGACGACAUAGUGUUGAUGGUAUCCGAUAUUUUUCUUUCCACAGUUAGUGAGAUUAUAGAAAGAGCAGUACAAAGGUUACACUUAUAAACCACGAACAACGGACUAGGUGUUAACCCUAAUAAAACAGAACAGAUGCUUUUCUCAAAUAAAAUUUUAAUUUAACCUAUUCUCACUUGGUGGAGGAAGGAGUCAUGUGUAGAAGUUCACGCAAGUGAGGGAAGUUCUCUGAUCGCCAUUCACUUGGGAGUGGCCAGAAACAAUUUUUUUUACAUAUGACUCAAGCAGCUCACGACUUCCGGUUUUUGACCAAGUAUCCUCUGGGUAGCCUAAGAACAUCCGUUUGGAGGCGAGCUAAGGUGAGAAAGCGAAACAUCUCCUGCAUAGGAUUGUGCGCUGGGUUGGGGACCUGCCACGUAAAAACCCUCCAAUGAAAAACCACCAACAGCCUCGGAUGAGAGACCCCUCUUUUGAUGACGACCAUAGCAAACGAAUUAAAGACUAUGAUUUGAGCGCAUGCACCUGGAAUGUCCGGUACCUUAAUUGGGAAGGUGCCGCUGCCCAGCUGGUUGAUGUCCUCGUGAAAAUAAAGGCUGACAUCACCGCCGUCCAAGAAAUGCGAUGGACGGGACAUGGACAGUUACGAGUAGGUCCUUGUGACAUUUACUACAGUGGCCAUAUAAAGGAGCGCAAGAUUGGUGUGGAAUUCGAGGUGGGAGAGAAACUCCGUCGCCGAGUAUUAUCAUUCACUCUGGUGGAUGAACGUUUAGCCACAAUCCUCAUCAAAGCAAGCUGAUCGCUGAUUUAUGCCCACGCCCCGACGGAAGAGAAGGACGAUGUGAUCAAAGAUACCUUUUAUGAGCGCUUGGAGCGCACUUAUGAGAGCUGCCCCCCCACGAUGUCAAAAUCGUGCUUGGCGAUUUUAACGCCAGGUUGGGCAAAGAAGGCAUCUUUGGCACUAUGGUCGGUAAAUUCAGCCUCAACGAUGAAACAUCCCCAAAUGGGUUGAGGCUGAUCGACUUCGCCGGGGCUCGAAAUAUGAUUAUCUGUAGUACUAGAUUCCAGCAUAAGAAGAUUCAUCAAGCUACCUGGCUGUCUUCGGAUCGAAAAACUACCAACCAGAUCGAUCACGUAGUGAUAGACGGAAGACACGUCUACAGUGUUUGAGAUGUGCGUGCGCUCCGAGGUCCUAACAUCGACUCGGACCACUAUCUUGUUGCAGCUAAGAUUCGCACCCGCCUCUGCGCAGCAAAAAACGCACGUCAACAAACACAAGGAAGGUUCGACGUCGAGAAGCUGCAAUCACAACAGACAGCCGAACGAUUUUCCACUCGGCUUGCGCUCCUGCUUUCUGAGAGCACUCGCCAACAACUCGGUAUAAGGGAACUGUGGGACGGCAUUUCAAACUCCUUACGUACAGCUGCAACCGAAACCAUUGGUUUUCGGAAAGUGCAAAAGAACAGCUGGUACGACGAGGAGUGCCGUGUCGCAGCGGAGAGAAAACAGGCUGCCUACCUCGCAACGUUACGAUCGACCACAACACGUGCGGGAUGGGACAG